AUGACCUUGGGUAUAUUUUUAUUACUGGUCGCCUCGGCUACAGCGCAAGUUCCAUGGCAAAACGAUCCAGCUCGUUGUCAAUAUAUAUGCACUCCAGAUAAGUGCCGAUGUGUUGGAGUACCUGGUCCAAGGGGACCCCCUGGUGCACUUGGUCCCCCUGGAGCUUGGGGUGCUCCUGGAGAUGUGGGACGUUCUGGACCACCUGGUGAACGGGGAGACCGAGGUUACCCUGGCGCACCCGGACUCCAGGGUCAAAAGGGUGAACAGGGCAUUCAAGGUCCUCCAGGUUACGCCGGCACCCAUGGUUCUCAAGGUCAUCCAGGUCGCCGUGGUGUCAAAGGUCAACGUGGAGAAACUGGAUGCCCGGGUGCGAGGGGCGCUGAUGGAGCCCCUGGUCUUCCUGGACCGUCGGGUAUUCAAGGUCCUCCUGGUGAUCGUGGGCCACAAGGUCCCAAAGGUUUUCCUGGAUUGAUCGGUCGGGGUCCUCCUGGCCCAAUGGGUCCUACCGGAGAUGUUGGCUAUGUUGGUCCUCAAGGCAUGCGAGGACCUCGAGGUUAUGAUGGUCUUGCAGGAGAGCGUGGACCUCAAGGACCGAAGGGCCGCAAGGGGGCAAUCGGUCCACAAGGUCUUCCUGGCAGAGAUGCCCCAACAAUUACCAUUGAGGGUCAAAAGGGCGACAAAGGUUACCGAGGUAUUCCCGGUCGCGAUGGUCGACCAUGUGAGGAAAUGAAACUCAUAUCCGGACCUCCCGGCAGACCUGGUUAUCCGGGCCCGAGAGGACCGAAAGGUGAACGCGGUGAGAGAGGUGUUGAAGGCAUACCGGGACCUGAUGGUCUCCCAGGUUUGAUGGGUGAAAAAGGCUUGCCUGGUCGGGAAGGUGAUCGAGGCCAACCUGGUGAUACUGGUGACCCAGGACGUAUUGGUGAACCUGGUGAUCGUGGUUUCGAUGGUGAUACGGGAAGAAUGGGCCCCGCAGGUGCUCCUGGUGAAAGAGGGCCUUCUGGUGUUGACGGCCUCCCUGGUUUCCGAGGUCCUAAAGGGCGACCUGGAAGUUUUCGCGAUUGCAUCGGCCCUAAAGGUCGCAAGGGUGAACGAGGACCUGAAGGUCCAAGAGGUUUCCGAGGCUACGCAGGUAGACCUGGUCCAUCUGGCUACAAGGGCCCCAAGGGUGAUCCCGGACCGCCUGGUAGACCCGGCCCACCUGGUCGUUUGUGCGAAGUCGGUGAAGUGGGUCAGAGAGGCGAAAAGGGUGAAACUGGCAUUCCUGGUAGACGCGGUGAGGAUGGUGAUUCAGGACCAACAGGUCCUCAGGGUCCCCGUGGUCCAGAUGGAAGAACGCCGUUGUAUGGUCCUGUUGGGGAACCAGGUCAACCUGGCCGACCUGGUCCAGAGGGUCCCAAGGGUGAUCCUGGUCCUCCUGGUGAUCGUGGUGACAAGGGUUAUCCCGGAACCCCAACUGUUGGCUUGCCCGGUCCUCGUGGUCCUCCUGGUGAUAUGGGUGAACCUGGACGAACAGGCUUUCCCGGCAUAAUGGGUCCUCCUGGAGAAAAGGGUCCUCGAGCACCACCGUGCACAGGAUGUCCAUCGGGUGAACCGGGUAGAAGAGGCGAAACUGGAGCAGAUGGUGAGUCCGGUCAGCCAGGUCUACCUGGAAAGAAAGGUCAAGAGGGUGACCGAGGUAUUCCAGGUUUUCGUGGGCCUGCUGGCUUACCUGGUGCUGACGGUUAUCGCGGCCCACAAGGCGUUCCUGGUAUCCCGGGUCCCAAGGGAGAACCUGGUGAAACUGGUUAUGUCACAAUUGUCAACCGCGAUGUAAUCCCUGGUGAUAUGGGUGAACCUGGACGAGACGGACUGCCGGGUGCUUAUGGCGAUCGAGGUCCUUCUGGUCCGGCAGGAUAUCCAGGACCGAUGGGUGCAAAAGGCCUACGAGGUCGUCCAGGUAUAGACGGUAUGGCUGGUCUUCAAGGAAUUCCAGGUGACAAAGGAGACCCUGGUGAACCAGGCGAAGAUGGUUACGGCAUCAAGGGUGCCCCUGGUGAUCCUGGCGAUAUGGGUUAUGAUGGUCAACCUGGCAGUAAAGGUCAACCUGGUGGAACACUCAGAUGUCCCAGUGUGCUGCCCCUCUAUCUUAAAGGUGAACCGGGUUACCGUGGUCCCAGGGGUGAUCCUGGUCCGGCUGGUCCAAUUGGUGAGACAGGUCUUAGAGGCAUCAAAGGUAUACAGGGUUUGCCAGGUACUCGCGGUUUACGAGGUGACAGAGGCGUGCCCGGUGUGCCUGGGCCCUAUGGUGAAAUGGGCAUUCCUGGCAUUCCAGGUCCCACUGGCCGCGAUGGUCCUCCAGGAAUGCCUGGUUUGCCUGGUCAAUCAGGUCCUGCUGGAGAUGUAGGAUACCAGGGGCUUCCUGGUCUAAAGGGUGAGCGUGGUGAGCCUGGAGAUGCAGGUUCUGCGGUUGCUGGAGUUCCUGGUGAGAAGGGUAGACCUGGACGACCUGGAUAUCCCGGUGAUCGUGGAUUUCCGGGACAAAAUGGACCCCAGGGGCCUCGUGGUAGACCAGGUCCACCUGGAAUCAAUGGUAACCCAGGAAUGCCUGGACCAAUGGGACCACCUGGAGACAAGGGUUCUAAAGGGUUCCCGAGUUCCCGUUCAAUUCCGGGUCAACCCGGUCUUCCUGGUAGUCAGGGCUUACCAGGCCCUAGUGGCAGGAAAGGAGAGCAAGGUCUGCCAGGUCGUUGCUAUUCACGUGGACCAAUGGGGGAGAUGGGUGAACCGGGUGAUAGGGGGUACCCCGGACCUCAAGGACCACAAGGACCUGAAGGAAAAGAAGGUCUAGUCGGCAUUCAAGGCCUAACUGGACUCCGUGGUCUUAAAGGUAAUCGUGGUAAUCGCGGUCCCUCUGGUUUACCGGGAAAACCUGGACCCGCAGGUUUACAGGGACGACGUGGAGUUAAUGGACGUCCGGGAAGAACAGGAGAAAUGGGUUUGACAGGAUCAUAUGGAUUAAAAGGUUCCAUGGGACCGACAGGCGUUUCAGGACCACGAGGUCGUCGUGGUCGUCCGGGUAUCUCACGAAAUGGACUUCCAGGUCUUGUUGGACAGCCUGGUUUUGAGGGGCCAAAGGGAGAAAAAGGUAUUCGAGGACCUGACGGAAAGGAGGGUAAACCAGGAGAACCAGGUAGACCAGGAGUGGGUUCCUCUGGAAUUCCUGGCCUGAAGGGAUUUAGAGGACCUGCUGGUGAUCAAGGUCCCCCUGGAUUGGAUGGUAGACCAGGCCAGAUGGGUGAUCCUGGUUUUCCUGGCAGAAUGGGUCUACAAGGUUAUCCCGGACUGCCUGGGCAGAUUGGUUUGACUGGUCCAGAGGGCAUUCCGGGAAAGAAAGGAGAUCGUGGUGAACCUGGUGAUGACGGCCUCCCAGGUCCCUCUGGCGAUAGAGGUGAUGAAGGUUACCCCGGUUCUACCGCACGUCUUAUAAUGGGCCGGAAGGGAUAUUCAGGUCCCCCUGGUACCAAGGGAUUCCCCGGACAAAUGGGACUUCCCGGAAUCAAGGGCUAUCCGGGUCGACCUGGAAGACCGGGUCCAAGUGGACAACCCGGAAGGGAGGGCCUGGAGGGUUAUCCAGGUCAACCUGGAGAUACCGGACCUGUCGGAUAUCAAGGCCGACCUGGAAUGAAUGGAACCAACGGAUUAGCUGGAGAUCCAGGUCCUCAGGGUUUUGGAGGACCUGUCGGCUCCCGUGGACUUCCUGGAUUGAAGGGAAACAAAGGAAGACCAGGAUACUGUCCCAUUUCACCUCCUGGACCGAAAGGCGAACCCGGACCCUCUGGACGAAUGGGUCCAGAAGGUCCUGUCGGUGAAGUAGGUGCAACCGGUCUCCCUGGUCCAAAAGGCCCUCGUGGAUUACCCAGAUCAGGUCCAGAUGGGCGCAAGGGAGAAAUGGGUUUGGAAGGUCUGUCUGGACAAAUGGGAUUACCUGGAGAUCCUGGUGACUCCGGUAUUCCUGGUUACCGUGCUAACCGUGGUGAGAUCGGCGAUGUUGGCUUACAAGGUCUCCCAGGUGAUACUGGUCCGAUGGGACUUCCAGGGAAAAUGGGACCCCCUGGAUAUCGAGGUCCACCUGGAAAGGAUGGUCAACCUGGGAAGCAGGGUCCUGCUGGUUUAGCAGGACUUUCUGGACCCAAUGGGCCUGUUGGUGAUCCUGGUGAACCUGGAAUGCGAGGAUAUGAUGGUCCUAAAGGUAUUGCUGGAAGACCAGGUCGCCCAGGUCCAAAGGGUUCAAAAGGCAAAGCGGGUUACGGUUUUCAUGGAAUGCCCGGAGAUAGAGGUGAACCUGGGCGCAUUGGUGAAAUCGGUUAUCCUGGUUACUCAGGCGCACCUGGCAGAAUGGGACCACCUGGAGACAAGGGAUACAAGGGCUCUGCUGGCUACAUAGCAGGGCCUCGCGGUUUGCCAGGCGAACGAGGUCCUCCUGGCGAUAUGGGUUACCCAGGUCCCAAGGGUCGUCGUGGUCCUCAGGGUUACCGUGGUCCUGACGGUCCAAACGGAACUGUUGGCCUGGCUCAUGGAGGUUAUCUCUUUGCCGUCCACUCACAGAAGGAUAGCCCACCAGUCUGUCCUGAAUUCACAAAUGAGAUAUACAAUGGCUACAGUCUUGUGACCCUUCAAGGCGAUGAUGAUUCAAUCACUAUGGAUUUAGGUACCCCUGGCUCUUGUGCGCGAGUCUUCUCAAUCAUGCCCUUCGCAUCGUGCUUUAACACUGUUCCCUCGGGUUCUUGCCACUUCAAUAUGCGCAAUGGACGUUCGUAUUGGUUAUCAACUCUUGAGCAUUACAUGACAGAACCAUUGCCUGUGGAACAGGUUCAACGAUAUAUCUCUAGAUGCGUUGUCUGUGAAUCAAGGACAAACCUCGUGGCUUUCCAUUCUCAAAGAUCCUAUCUAGAACAGAGCUGUCCACCGGGAUGGGAGCAUGCCUGGAAUGGUUUCAGUAUGCCUAUGGUUGUUAGCGCUGCUGUGUCGGGUGGUGUACAACCACUUCAUUCACCUGGAAGUUGUCUGAUGAGCUUCCGAGCACUACCUUUCAUUGAGUGCAAUAAUCACUAUGGAAACUGUUUCCAUUGGCAAGAUGGUCGUUCCUAUUGGCUAAGAGCCAUGACCUACGACGAACAAUUCACCAAACCUCUUGGCACCACGUACAAAUCUGACGUUCUUCGACAAGUUAGUCGAUGUGCUGUCUGCCGAAAAUCAAUGGAGGUCCUGGUGAAAUGA